GCAGAUGGUGGGCGGCUCUGACGCUGCGUUCUGAUUGGCCGUUAGCGGAUAGGGAUCGGGGUGCAGCGGAUUCUUCUCACCUGAGCAAUGGAGCCGACUGGCAAGCCCCUGUUGUUUGGCUAUUUUCGGAGCUCGUGUUCGUGGCGCGUGCGGAUCGCUCUGGCUCUGAAGGGUAUUGAAUACGACCAACAUCCCAUCAAUCUUAUCAAGGAUGGUGGUAUACAGCACACAGAAGAGUUCCUGCGAGUGAAUCCCAUGCAGCAGGUCCCCGCGCUGCGCAUCGACGGCGUCACCCUGAGUCAGUCGCUUGCAAUCAUCGAGUACCUGGAGGAGACGCGCCCCAAACCGUCGCUCUUCCCCCCGGAUCCCAGGAGCAGAGCGCAGGUCAGGAUGAUCAGCGAUCACAUCGUGUCUGGGAUCCAACCCCUGCAGAAUCUCUAUGUCCUGGAGAAGAUCGGAGACACAAAGCUGGAGUGGGCUCAGCACUUUAUCACGCGUGGGUUCCAAGCGCUGGAGAGGAUGCUGCAGGAGACGGCCGGCCGGUACUGCGUGGGAGAUCAGGUGACGAUGGCGGAUCUGUGUCUGGUACCCCAGGUGGCAAACGCAGAGAGGUUUAAAGUGGAUCUGGAUCCGUAUCCGACGAUCGGCCGCAUAAACCAGUCGCUGCUCCAGCUGGAGGCGUUCCAGGUCAGCCACCCCGCGUGCCAACCCGAUACCCCCCCGGAACUCCGAGCCAAGACCCCCUAAUCCGAUUACAACUGAACUACUGUGUCAGGGGUACCCGCCCCUCCCCCUAAUAAAUGCCCCGGGACGGGCGUCUGAACACCGCGAGUUAAUAAAAGCCAAAAACGC